AUGGAUCAGUUGCUUCUGUUGCAAGCCAUGGCUAAUAACAAGAAGAGUAUCGAUGACUUUCUUGACGAGCUCGAUACUAUUGAGUCACUUGCUCAGAAACUGGCCAAGAUUGAUGAGCAUUUGAAGAAGUUAUACGAAGAGAAUAAAGAAAAUGAUGAUAUGGAGAAGAACAUUCAAGUUUGGACUCGGAGAAGCACCAACGAAGCAAUUGCUCAAAUUCUGGCCAUCCGUCAGAACUUGCUCUCACCACCGCCAUCAACCUCUCUUCAACCACCGGCAUCAUCGUCGAGGGAGUUCAACUUCUUUCCGACGACGUCAGAUUCAUACCCUCUUCGACCUCCCCAUUCGUCUGAUGGACCACGUCCGAGUAACUUUUCGUCGUCACCAUCAUCCGCUUUUAAACCAUUCCAAUCAUAUAAUAAUCCACCACGUUCGAGUCCGGCGCUGUCAUCCUCCUCUUCGUCACCAUCACAACCAUAUAAGCGACUACGUUUGAGUAACAUCAAUUCGGCUCCCUUAUCAUCCUCACCGUUACCGUUAUUUAACCCGUUUCUCCUACCUCAUCCCCAAGACUCAAGACUACCACAGAUCCUUCAAGACCCACUUGCUCCUCCAUUGCCAAAUCUCAACCCACUGAUCUUUCAAGACCCACUUGCUCUUCCAUUGCCAAAUCCAAUCCCAAUCCCAAUCCCAAUCCCAAUCCAACCACGACCAAGAGUGGUGUGGACAGAGCGGCUUCAACAAGUAUUUGAUAGCGCAGUUGCCAGACUUGGAGGCUUGCGCAAUGCAACAGGCAAUCGCGUAUACAACUUAAUGCACACAGAGGGACUGACUAGAGAACAGGUUACUAGUCACUUACGAGUUAUGAGGAACCGUCGUAGAGAACUAGCUGACGACUUAAAUUCAUGA